CUGGGUUGCGUUUCUAAGAUAUGGCGACCAACACAUCAACGGUACCUGACCCGACGCUUUAGCCGAGUUCUCAGGCGCACGAGAGCUUGACCCCUUCUUUUUCGGUGCGCGCCCCACCGCCUCGUGUUGCGUGCUGGUUUUUGUUCUUACCAUCGUCGGUCUCGCUGUGGCUGCCUGGGUGGGUAAGAAAGAGCGGGGGACGGUUGAGAUGGCGCACCGUAUGGCGGCGGCGGCUAUGGCAGUGGCCGUGGUGCUGACGGCGUUGGCUCCGUGGCCGGUGGCGCCGACCUCGCCGGGGCCGCACAUCACGGACUUGAACGUGCUGCUGCCCCCUCGCAUGACGCACUCCGUCGAGUACCGCCUCCAGGGCAGCGGUGGAUGCUUCGCUUGGUCCUGGGAUCAUCAUGAUGUUUUGAGAGUUCAACCAGAGUACAAUGUAAGUAGUAGAUGCUCGACAAGUGCUCGAUUGAUAUCCAUUUCACGCUACAGUGGACGGAAGGAGACUGCAGUUUAUGCCACUGAUCUACAUAGUGAUAUCACAAUUCGUUGUAAAGUCAUUAUUGAUACGAUAUCAAGAAUCCAAAUAUUCCAUCAUGCAGUGAAAAUCGACCUAGAUGAGCUUUCCACAUUGCGCAUCCGUGCUUUUGAUAGUGAAGAAAAUGUGUUUUCGUCUUUGGUGGGCUUACAGUUCUUGUGGAAGCUUUUUCCUAAAUCUUUAGAGUCAGAUAGCAUCAACCAUCUUGUUCAUAUUCCUCUGAAGGAAACACCAUUAAGUGACUGUGGUGAUUUGGAUCUGCAAAUUGAGCUGGAAGAUAGAGGUGUUGGUUCAGACUUGUAUGUGGUCAAGGGAGUUGCAAUCGGCCAUGAGGUUGUAAGUGCUCAGUUACUGGAGCCACAACUUGAGCAUGUGAUGGACCAAAUCAUUUUGACUGUUGCUGAAGCUAUGUCACUAGAUCCUCCAUCGCCAGUCUUUGUCACUGUUGGUGCUCUGUUGUGCUACAGUCUGAGGGUCAUUCAUCUGAAGACUGCUAAAGUGGUUGAUCUACCAUCCCCACACCAUAGAUGGUAUGUGACAAAUUCUUCAGUGGCUCAUGUAGACAUUAUGAUGGGGGUUGUUCAUGCCUUGAAUCUUGGAAUAACAGAUAUUAUUGUUGAGGACACUAGAGUUUCCGGUCAUGCACAGACAUCAACCAUGCAUAUUGUCAUACCAGAUAAAUUGUGUCUAUACAUAGUACCUGUGACUAAUGACUCUACUCCUCUUGAAGGCAUGGCACCUAUUUCUUCUUCAGAUGUUUGGUAUGUCUUUCCAGGCCAAGAGUACAUAGUCCAUAUUAAAGUCUUCUCCAAAGGGCCUGAUGCAAAUGAAAUACUUGUAACAGAGCAGAACAAUGGUCUUAGAUUGGAAAGUAACACUUCUAAAUACUGGGAUUUAUAUUCUGUGUCAAAAGAUGUUACUUCAAUCUACAAUCGGGAAAACUCUAGAUUGCUUAUUCCAAUUUCUCAAGGAAAAGGUACUCUGACUGCUGCUCUAACUUACCAGAGGGAGAAUUUGGAAAUGGUUGAGGUUCUCAGUAUAGUGCAAGAAGUUAACGUCUGCAGCAAAGUGAAGCUAAUUUUGGAGGAAGAGCAUGAUUACAAUUUUGGAACCAUUCACUUGCCUUGGGCUCCUGGAAUUGAUCAGGAAUUUAAAAUAAAGGCAACUGGAGGAUGUGGAAAAUACCUCCAAGAUUACAAAUGGUUUUCAUCUAAUGAGGCUGUUGUUUCUGCAUCUGGUUUUGGUUCUCUGCAAGCAAAAAGACCUGGUCACGUAAUUAUUAAAGUGAUUUCAGUGUUUGAUUCUGCAAACUUUGAUGAGGUGGCUGUUGAGGUUUCAGUUCCUGCUGCUAUGGUUAUCUUACCAAUUUUUCCUGUAGAGGUGGUCAUAGGAACACAACUUCAUGCAGCUGUGACAUUGAGGACGUCAAAUGGUAACUACUACAGCAGAUGUGAUGCCUUUAGUACUUCCAUCAGGUGGAAAGUAUCUUCAGAAAGUGGAUCUUUUAAAUUUAUGAAUACUACAGAUUUAUUGUCCACUGACAUUUUCCGUCAUGUGGAUGAUUCUAAGCCACAGUAUGGUUUUCCUUGUGCAUGGACAUCUCUGUUUGCUUUUGGCGUUGGCCGAGCUGUGCUGCAUGCAAGUUUGUCCAUUGAAUCAGUACCUUACUUUCAGUCUUUGGAUCAAAUUAUUACAUUAAAGGCUGUUUCAUCUAUAGCUGCAUACUACCCGCUUAUUGCUUAUCAGGCAGGAAAUGGUGAUCAGUUUGGUGGUUACUGGGUUGAUUUGUCUAAAACUGAUGCUACUUUCCAGGAUUUAGAUGGUAAAGGUCUUGAUGAACUGUAUCUAGUUCCUGGUUCAAUGAUGGAUGUUCUGUUACUUGGAGGACCUGAGCGAUGGGAUCAAAAGGUUGAGUUUAUUGAGACUGUUGGUGUUCUAGGUGAGCAGAAUUUGUCAGUAGUUCAGCUGCAUGAAACCUCAAGUGGUAGGAGGCUGUACAAAGUUGUUUGUCAAACAUUUGGGAAGUUUAAAUUGCUCUUUUCGCGUGGAAAUCUAGUUGGAGAUGACCAUCCAAAGCCUGCAAUAGCUAACUUGGAAUUGACUGUUCUAUGUGGCUUUCCUUCAUCAAUUGUGAUGAUUGUUAAUGAACCUGCAAGCAAACUUGAUGUCAUUGAGGCUGCAAUCAAUGCUGAUCGAAAUCCUGCAAGACUUCGUGUUUCUCCUAUCAGUGUAUCUAAUGGAUGCACAAUUCGCAUAUCUGCUGUUAGUAUUCAUGCGACUGGAAGAGCUUUUGCAAACUCUUCAUCUCUUUGCUUGAGGUGGGAACUUAGUGGCUGUGAAGAAUUGGCCUUUUGGAAUGACACCAAUAGUGUUGUGCAGUUUGAUGGGGCUAAGUGGGAGAGGUUUUUGGUUCUUAAGAAUGCUUCAGGAUUGUGUAUCGUCCAUGUUACAGUAAUUGGAUUUUCUGAAGAAUUCAAUAGUCAUCGUUAUGAGGAAGCUUCUUCUCUGCUAGAAGUUGCUGCACUUACAGAUGCGAUGCCUUUACAGUUGGUAGCUUCAUUGAGGGUUCUACCGGAGUUUGCUUUAAUAGCUUUUUAUCCUGAAGCAGAGGUGAAUCUAUCAAUUACUGGAGGAACCUGUUUCCUAGAUGCUUAUAUAAAUGAUACACAAGUGGCAGGAAUAGUCCAACCUCCUGAAAGCACUGAAUGUUCACACUUCACCGUUGGUGCUAGAGGCUUGGGAAUGGCUCUUGUGAUAGUUCGUGAUAGUGGGCUUUCACCUCCGGCCAGUGCUUCAGCAUUGGUUAAAGUGGCUAGUGUGGACUGGAUUAAGAUAAUAUCACAAGAAGAGAUAAGCCUAAUGGAAGGAACCACAAAAUCUUUUGAUAUUUUGGCUGGGACAGAAGAUGGUAGCAUCUUUGAUUCUUCUCAGUAUAUGUAUAUGAAAAUUAAAGUGCAUCUUGAGGAUGGCAUACUUGAGCCUGUUGAUGAGUACCAUUCUUCAAGAACUGGCAAUUGGCUAGUACGUGAACCUAACUUUUCCGUCAGAGCAGCAAAGCUUGGUAUUGCAACUCUCUUUGUCAGUGUCAGUCAACAAUCAGGUUAUGAAAUCGUUAGUCAAUUUGUUAAAGUGGAAGUAUAUGGACCAUUACGCCUGCAUCCUGAAUAUCUUUACCUUCUACCUGGUGUCUCUUACUUGCUGACUGUGAAAGAUGGCCCGAGAAUUGGAGCUUUUGUUGAGUUCACCAGCCUGCAUGAGGAAAUUGUUGUUGUUCAGAAACCUUCAGGAAAGCUUUUUGCUAAAUCCAUAGGAAAUGCUACUGUCCGUGCAGCUGUUUAUGGGAAUGGGGAUUCCUUGAUAUGUGAAGCUUAUGCAAAAAUUGAAGUUGGAAUUCCACCAGCAAUGGGUUUGAAUCUGCAAAGCGACCAACUUUGUGUUGGUUGCAAGAUGCCAGUCUUUCCAUCUUUCCCUGAGGGAGACUUAUUUUCUUUUUAUGAGGUCUGUCAAGAGUACAAAUGGACAAUAGGGAACGAGAAGGUGCUUAGCUUUCGAAUAGACAGUUGUGAGCAAGAUGGUUAUCCAUGCCAUUCAGUUGACAGUGAUGGUGCAUUUAUUAAUGUUUUGACUGGAAGAUCUGCUGGCAGAUCAGAAGUAUCCAUUUUUAUGUCGUGUGAUGUUGUGUUAUCUGGUUCUCCUCAACAAUUAUCUUACACUGCAUCAAAGUCGUUGGAAGUGGUACCUAGUCCUCCUCUAGCCCUCGGAAUACCCAUUACUUGGAUCUUGCCGCCCUUUUACAUGACAUCGGAGAUUUUGCCUAGAUUAUCAGAUUCAUAUGGACAAUUAGACUCCCGGAAAAGUAUUACAUAUUCUAUCCUUAGGGUAUGUGGAAGGAAUGAUGUUCUGAAACAGGAAGGUAUGACUAUUGACGGAGGUAAAAUUAGAACAAAGCAAAGCAAAGAAAACAUUUGUAUCCAGGCAAAUGACCAUGCAACUGGAAGAGCAGAAAUUGCAUGUUGUAUAAAGGUUGCUGAGGUGUCACAAGUAUGGGUAACUACAACAGAAGCUUUGUUACAUGUUGCCUAUCUUGCCGUCAAUUCUAAACUUGAGUUAGAUAUUGGGUACUCAGAUUAUUUAGGUUAUCCUUUUGCUGAAGCACAUGGUGUGGUUCCACUGGAAGUUGAGACUAAUCAUCCUGAUGUCCUCUCUAUUUUCAUGUCAUCAAAGGAUAAUAACAGUACACAUGGCAAUGAACAUGUCCUUAUAGAGGCAAAGAAACCUGGUAAUGCUCUUGUGCGGAUAUCCAUCAAUAGGAACCCAAGAAAUGCGGACUUCAUUCUGGUAUCAGUUGGUGCACAAUUGUAUCCUAGGAAUCCGGUUCUUCAUGUUGGCCAAUAUCUGAACUUUACUGUAGUUGGUGAUGGAAUUGAUGGUCUUCAGUCUGGCAAGUGGUUAAGUGGUAAUGGUAGUGUCCUAUUGGUAAAUAGGAUCACUGGAGAAGGAUAUGCUCGCGGUGAAGGUGCAACUCAAGUUAUCUUUGUUGGUUCAAACUUAAAGUUGCAAACAACAGUAGCUGUGAUGAAAGUUGGCCAGCUAUCAGUUUAUGCUCCAGCGAAGACCCUGACUAAUAUUCCAUUUCCUACCAAAGGUUACAUGUUCUGUGUAAAAUAUAGUGAACCUGUUGACUACAAGCUGGAAGCUACUGGAAAUAAUGAAGCCCCAUUUGAUUGUCGGGUUGACCCACCAUUUGUUGGGUAUUCAAAGCCAUAUAUCAACAAUGUUACAGGCUACUCUUAUUGCCUCUUCUUCCCAUACUCACCGAAGCAUUUGUUGAGUGUAAUGUCUAAAUCAAGUAUUAGACAGCAAGGAAAUGCAAACAGUGAAGGAUCAGUCUCUGUCUCUAUUAUUGCAUCACUGAAAGAAACCCCAAAUGUUAUUGGAUCUGCACAUGCAGCAUUUGUUGGCGGAUUUGUUUUGGACACUGAGAAGUUAAACUUGACACCAAAGGUUAAUAAAAGCAUCAUAGCAAUAAUGGGGAAUACAGAUGUUGAGAUAAGUUGGAAUGCCAAAGAUUUAUUGUCCGUUAAUCCUCUAAAUAUAGUCAGUUUUGGUAUGGUGGGAAUUAUUGAGUAUGAGGUCAAAGUCCUCAGAAGCCAAAAAUUUAAAGAUAAGAUUGCAAUUGUUCUUCCUGCCACUGGUCAGAGAACUGAGAUUGAUGUUACUUAUGAGCCUGGAGAAGGAACUUCUGCAUCAGGAGUGAGUAAUAUCACAUGGACUGCAGUUUUGAUCUGUGCUGCUGUGCUGAUGGUCACAGUCGGAGUCUUCAUGAGGUUGCUGGAAAGACCAGACAGGUCUUUACUGUCGAGGCAGGCAGGGCCGACAUCGUCAGCUGUUGCAGGGCCUGUGACAACAGACUCUAUAUCCACUGGUAACUUUCAGUCCUCUCCUCGAACACCUCAGCCUUUUAUGGAGUAUGUGAGAAGGACGAUUGAUGAAACUCCAUACUACAAUCGGGAGGGGAGGAGGAGAUUUGACCCGAGGUACACCUACUAGAAUUCAAGAUCUUUAUACGCAACAACACCACAAUUGCUGAUCAUGGAAAAUUUUAGCUGGAUAUGAAUGUUAGAACACGGUGGCCACAAAUUUCUUGUGCAUGUAAUAUCCCUUGUUCCAUCAUGUGUGAAGGUGUUGACCCUGGUUGACUUGGAAAUUAAGCAGGAUACCUCCUUGUUCUUAUCAAUCACAGUGAGGUGGAUGUGAUGGAUAUCCUUUUGUGAGGUCAGCAUUAUUUGGAUAUUUUAUUGAAUAAUGUAUGUGAAGGUGAGGCGAAAAAAUUUGCUUAUUUUUUGCUGA